AUGGCCGAAGUAGGUAGUGGAUGGGAGGAGCCAUAUGCCCACCACAGGUUUUGUAUUCGUCAUCUUGCCUCAAAUUUGAAUUCUGAAUUAAAAAAUGCUCACUUGAAAAACUUAUUUGGUCGAGCUGCCGAUUCACGUCAAAAGGAAAAGUUUAUUAAAUACUUCGAUAGAAUUGGUGAAUUGAAAUUCGAAGCUCGUGAAUGGUUAGUCAAAGAUAAACCAUUGCAUAAGUGGUCAAUUUAUCAUGAUGGUGGGUUCAUAUAUGGUAUACGAACCACAAAUAUGUCAGAAUACUUCAACGGUGUGUUGAAAGGAGCUCGUUUUUUACCUAUUACCGCUCUAGUUAAAAUGACAUUCUAUAGAGUUAAUUCCUACUUUGUCACUAGGCGUGGCUGGGGUAAGAGAAGAUUAGAUGAAGGUUAUGAGUACAGCGAAAAGGCAUUAAAAGUAAUUGAAGAUAACGUGAAGAAAUCAACAGCUCAUAAAGUUGUAUCUUUCAAUAAUGAACAAGGUUUGUUUGAGGUUACAACUUGUCGUGGAAGUCGCCCUUCUGGAAAAGGGGGUAAUGUGCAUACUGUCAAUCUUUCUAGAAAAACUUGCACUUGUGAAAAACUGAAAAUCUAUAAAUUGCCAUGUUCUCAUGUCUUGGCUGUUUGUCGUUAUCGAAGCUUGUCACAUGCUGAGUAUGUAGACCCUUUCUUUAAAACAUCAGAAUAUAGGCUUACUUAUGUGAAAAGCUUCAAGCCUGUAGGGGACGUUUCUAGAUGGUCUGCAUAUUCAGGGCCUAAAAUUGUUGCUCCUCCUUCUCAAAAGAGGAAACCUAGACACACCCCUUCUAGUAGGUUUCGAAAUGAGAUGGACCAGAACACACGAGGAAAAAAAAUGUGCAGCAUAUGUCGUAAAAGAGGGCAUAAUAAAAAAACUUGUGGUUAUAGGAAUAAUGGUCAAACUUCAGGGUAA